UGGUUAUAGACAGCUGAGCGACCUUCACGUCGUCCUAAUAGGAUCGUCACGUGACUCAGAUCUGACCUGUGUCGGCAGCGAAAGGAAGAAACCGGCGAAGAAGAAUUCGUCUAGAUUCUACCCAGAUUCUUCGCUAAUGGCAGAGGAUCCAUCUUAGUCUUCUUUCAGGUGGUGGUGGUGAUGAUAAGCUCCUUCUUUGAUUAGGACUGAGAAACUGUCACGAAAUUCAAUCUGAUGAGAUGCUUCUGGUUCUAUCGUUUUUGGGAGCACUAGAAGUAACAUAAAACUCAAAUUUGUAGGUGUGUUCAAUACUUCAAAAUGAAAGGUGAAGUCAAACUGAUAAAAAUAAUCUGCAUAUGGAGCAAGAGGUCAAGAAUGAUGGUCAUGUCAUACAUAUGUCAUGGGGUAACGUUGCUUCCUCAUCAUCAUCUCAGGAUGAUGAACAUGAUGACUCAGAUGGUCUGCAUUAUGACAAUAGGCCUUCAACAAGGAUACGAGCUCCUACAUUUCAAUCUUCAAUGUCAAUGCCUGCUUCUAACUCUAGAAAUGCUUCUUUAAUAAGAGGAGGUGGUAGUUCUGUCCGUCCUUCUCAUAGAAGCUCUCUAAAUUCUGGUUUUUGGAUUUCAUUGGAGCUUCUUCUCAAUGUGGUUCAAAUCAUAGCAGCUGUAACUAUUCUAUCUUCAUCAAGACAUGAACACCCACAAUCUCCAUUAUUUGCCUGGGUGAUUGGUUAUGUUAUUGGAUGUGGUGCUACUCUCCCUCAUCUUUAUUGGCGUUUUAUUCAUCGUAAUAAUCACUUGUCUCAGCAUGAAGUGGAACAUUUUCACCUGGGCCCAUCUCAAGUCAGCCUUCCCGAAUCUAUAUCAUACAUCACCAUGUCACCUCAAGCUUUGGAAGAAGAAAGAUCUAGCUUUGCUUCCAUCUUACAAUAUAGACAGAACUCAAUGAUUGUUGGUCCAAGGUUUAAUGGAUUUGUUGACCAUUUCAAGAUGGCUUUGGAUUGCUUCUUUGCGGUGUGGUUUGUUGUUGGCAAUGUAUGGAUCUUUAGUGAGCACUCCUCUGAAUACAGUGCUCCCAAUUUGUACAGGUUAUGUAUAGUGUUCCUUGCAUUAAGCUGUAUUGGUUACGCUAUCCCAUUUAUCCGGUUCGCAACUGUCUGCUGCUGUUUUCCUUGUAUAAUCUCUGUCUUGGGCAUCAGAGAGGAUUUGCGCCCAACAAGAGGGGCCAACUCUGAAGUGGUUAAUUCACUUCCAACCUACAAGUUCAGGUCAAAGAGAAGAGCAGAUAUUGGUAACAAUCAAGAAUACCUUUUCACGUUUGGGAUUUUGAGUUCUGAAUCUGAGGAACGAAUAAUUUCUGCAGAAGAUUCUGCCUGUUGCAUUUGCUUGGCAAAGUACGUCGACAAUGAUGAGCUUCGGGAGCUCCCUUGUUCCCACUUCUUUCACAAAGAGUGCAUAGAUAAAUGGCUUAAGAUCAAUGCACUCUGCCCCCUUUGCAAAUCAGAGGUAGGUGACACUUCAAGCUCACUUUUAGCAAAAAUAAGCCGCCAUUGCAGCCUCAGAGGACUUGGAAGUGGUAUAAAUUCUGCCAGAGUUACACUAUAAAUCAGCAGAGCUUCUGAAUGGUAGCUUUUGGAGCUGUUGAAGUGAAACUAUUCUUUGUGAAUAUUCUGCUUUUCCUACAAUGUACAUACACAUAAGGAUGGUCCUACGAGCUUGGAUGUUACUGCCACCUUGGUCGUGCAAUGUAUUCUUUGGUGCUUCUA